AAGAAGUAGAACUCCUGAGAAGAAAUGGAUCCCUCCCCUGCAGUGCGCUCUGAAUAUCUGGUCUCAGGGAUUCGAAGUCCUCCCGUCCGAAGGAACAGCAAGCUAGCCACCCUGGGCAGGAUCUUCAAACCGUGGAAAUGGAGGAAAAAGAAAAACGAGAAACUCAAGCAGACCUCGGCAGUGUUAGAGAAGAAGACAACUGCAAGGCAAGGCCGGGACGAGAUAAUUAAGAAAGGCCUUCUGGAAAUUAUGGAACAAGAUUCUGAAGUCAAAGCAUGCACUGCUGACGCUGCCACCAGAGCAAUGCUGAGUGACCCUUCAUCCCCCUCAUGCCAGGCACUUACCUCAGAAGAGACGCAGCAGGAACAUAUAUCAGCCACAACCAAUGCCACCUCACUUGGCGAGGAGCUGCAUUCGGAAGAGCUGAGAGAAGAUUCAGCCAAGAAGACGUCAGCCUCCACCGACGAACGGGAAAAUGCCAGCUUGCCAGCCUCCAACGAGCAUCCACAAGCCUUACUCCUUUCGGAACCCGCCGAUUCACCCCAGAAACAGAUGGAAAGGAAUCCAGCACAGCUCCCCAGCCCUCCUCCAUCGCUUCCAGUUCCGCCCCCUAAGACUGCAUCCAAAGUCUCAAAGAUUGUACCAGGACAAGCUGCUCCCUUCCAGCCCUCAGGACAGAAGACCUCCGAUCCCCACCUUAGAGGGCAGCACACGACCCCAACCGGCUCCCCUCAUCUUGCCACUGUCCACCUGCCUUUGCCCCCCAGCCGAGUCAUCGAGGAACUUCACAGAGCCCUGGCCACCAAACAUCGGCAGGAUAGCUUUCAUGGAAGAGAAAACAAAGGGUCUCCCAAAAAGCGAGUGGACAUCCGCCCAUCCCGAACAUCCAGCAUUGAACACAGCAAAGAGAAAGAUAAUCCUCUGAAUUAUAACAGCGAUCCAGAGAACAAGCGGAAUUCUGCUAAGGAGUCAGAUGAGAACAAAGAGAACCUGAUCAUGAACUCCGAUAUCAAGGAUGACUCUGUUUUGUAUCAGGAUGAGGAAGUGUUGAAUGAUUCUAUAAUUUCUGGUACGUUGCCAAGAAAAUGCAAGAAAGAGCUGCUGGCAGUGAAAUUGCGGAACAGGCCGAGCAAACAGGAGCUCGAAGAUAGGAAUAUUUUCCCCAGAAGGACCGAUGAAGAGAGACAGGAAAUCCGGCAGCAAAUUGAGAUGAAACUAUCCAAGCGACUGAGCCAAAGACCUGCUGUUGAGGAACUAGAAAGAAGAAAUAUUUUGAAACAAAGGAAUGACCAAACAGAACAGGAGGAAAGGAGAGAGAUCAAGCAGAGGCUGACAAGAAAGCUUAAUCAAAGACCUACAGUUGAUGAAUUAAGGGACAGAAAAAUCCUCAUUCGAUUCAGUGAUUAUGUGGAAGUGGCAAAAGCACAGGACUAUGACAGACGAGCAGACAAGCCAUGGACACGGCUGUCGGCAGCAGACAAGGCAGCCAUUCGCAAAGAGUUAAAUGAAUACAAAAGUAAUGAAAUGGAGGUGCAUGCGUCAAGCAAGCAUUUGACAAGGUUCCACAGGCCAUAGAGAUUUUCUUCUGAGAAGAAUUUGUCUACUUUUUUGAUACCACUACUGAUCAAACAUCAGGGAAAAUAUGAAGGCCUUUCCUUGAGAUUCAGUCAAUGACCAGCCGAGGUUUCUGGGUUCCGGGAGGAUUCUGCAGACGACAUCUCUGCAGCCCAUGCUAACACACGAGGAUCUACUCCGAGGAGGGCUUUUGCCUUGGAACCGCGAGACCCGUUGGGUGGGAGGAUUCGCUGAAAAUGACUGAAGCCGCCGUACUCAUCCAAAAGGACACUACUGCUCUCCUUUUACUACUUGUUUAAACCAUAUUGCAGCAUAUCUGGGGAAAGAAGAGGUUGUGCAUGUACAGGCUUUACCAUUCCAAGGCCUCUGACGCCAAUGGACAUGACGCACACCGUUGUUCAGUAUUAUCAUGAUGAUAAGACAUUUGGGACUGAUCACUAUUAGUUUGUAUAAAACACUUAAGUUCAUGUUAUACAAAAUGAUUUGCUAUAUUAUUUCUUUCCCUUUUUAUAUAUAACGUCUAACAAAAAAAAGAGCUGCGGCUUCUUCUUCUUCUUUUUAGACUCU